AUGCCGGGAAAGAUUCUACCAACCUUUACGGAGGCUGAAGUGCAAUCGCACAAUUCCAAAAAAUCAUGCUAUGUGAUAAUUGAUACCAAAGUUUACGAUGUGACCGAGUUUCUGGAAGGCCAUCCGGCCGGAGAGGAUCUGAUUCUGGAGUAUGGCGGAAAGGAUGUCAAGGAUAUUAUGAGUGAUACAAGCUCCCACGAGCAUUCUGAUUCUGCCUACGAUAUCCUGGCGGAGUAUCAUAUCGGAUUUCUGUCCAAUGACGGGGUAAAAACCAACGGGAAUUCGCGGGCGGUCUACGAGAGAACAGGAAUGGCAGACGAGGCCGAUUUAUCUGUUGAAACGGACUACGCUUCAGAUUAUAAGACGCAUAAGUUUAUAGAUCUGAGUAAGCCCAUGUUUCCUCAGAUUUGGUUCGGUGGUUUCUCAAAGGAGUUCUAUCUCGAGCAAGUUCAUCGACCUCGGCAUUAUAAAGGAGGAGAGUCUGCACCCUUGUUUGGAAACUUCUUGGAGCCCUUGUCGAAGACCCCUUGGUGGCUACCUGACAACCGGGUUGGGAUCACUCUUCACUUUCUCUUGCACGGUAUCCACCACUACUUGCCCAUGGACAAGUAUCGCUUAGUCAUGCCCCCCGCGCUCUUUACAAUUCUUGCCCUUCCAUUCUGGAAAGUAGCCCAUGCCAUACUCUAUUUCAAUUGUCUGCCUGCGUACUAUAAGGAGCUUAAGAAAUACCAUUUGCAACACCACUUCGCCGAUUUCGAGAAUGGGUUUGGCGUCACCAGUCGAUUCUGGGAUCGUGUCUUCGGUACUGAGCUUGAGCUUCCACCCCCGAAGAUCGUCAAAACUCAGUAG